AUAGAUUCAGCGACUGGAAAUUUGGUAUUAGCUUCGCCUCCUGACCGUGAGAUGCUCUGUCCACUAGCGUCCACUGGCAAACCGACUUAUUCUGACGUCAACCCUGCGGCUUGUGUACUUGUACUCCGCGUUGCCUAUCACCCUCCGUCUUUCUCACCAACUAGUAGUCUAGAGACUGAACUUAGAACUGAUGUUACUAUGGAGCCACAACUAAUCACCGUGCAUGUUGUCAUCGAAGACAUUAAUGAUCAUCCACCUCGGUUUCCUGUUGAUCGGUUGACUGAAGAGCUGGGGGAAAUAACCUCGGAACCGGAAGUGACAUACAUCGAAUUGCCUUCAGCCAGUGAUCCAGAUGCUGGAGCAAAUGGCAGUAUCACCUACUGGCUGGUUAGCCAGGACAGCCUACAUGAUGCAAAAGAAAGAAGUGAUGAGAUGAUCGGCGGAACUCAGUCGGCUAGUCAAUCAGUCGUUGGUACAUUAGACACCCGAAACCACCUGCCAUUUCGAUUGGAGCUAGCAGGUAUCUCAAGUCCAAUGGCGAUUCCUUCUCUAACUGAAAGAGUAAUCACUACAAGUGAGCAACAGCAUCCAUUGCCGAUGCGCUUGGUCCUUUCGGAGGCACUAGACUGGGAGCAGAAACGGGAAUAUCGGCUAGUCGUAAUGGCUCGUGAUUCAGGUUCACCGGUUCCACGAACAGGCCAGUUGCAAAUUGAUGUCACGGUGCGUGAUGAGAAUGACAAUAGACCCAUCUUUGACAGCCCGAAUGGCGAGUAUAUUGUGGUAAUAAAUGAGAGUAUUCCACAGGGAUCCAAUGUAUUAAGGAUUACGGCAGAAGAUAAAGAUGGUCCAUCCAAUGGACAGGAUGAAAUAUCAACAAAGGUAAAAAAAAAUAUUUCUAAACAUAUACAUAGUUGGAAGUAA